CGCGUGUUGCGACUCGGCUCGUACAGCAUUCGCCUCGUCUGUGAGGUUCAAACCCUCUCCUGCAAAGAAGCGGCGAGUUGGCGCGAGGUUGCGCCCGCCUUCCCAUCGCGAUGCUGUCUGCCCGUGUCGCGAUACUGCGAGCUACAAGACGCUCUAUACUGACUUGGCGGUUGUCGUAGAUCCCAAGCUGUAGGCCAUGAGGCCUUCCGAGACCAGGAUCCUACCCCACGGGCGUCGAAUGAGCCAUGGAGGUUCACGCCCUCGCUACUAGACCCCAACUCCUUCUCCUUCAAUGCCUUCUCCAAUAUGCCUCCGGGCUACUACACUCCCACCCCCGGGGGCAACAAUACCCUGUAUCAUCCGCAAGCUGGAGAUCUGCACACGCCAACAUUAGGUCUGGGCAUGGGUCUCGGGACCCCCUUAUCGAUGCCCACCACAGAGGGCACGAUGCACUCUGGCGCCGGGAUGAUGAACCUCGCAAGUUUUCAGCAGACGCUUCAUGCUCCUCCACACUUCCAUAACUUCAAUCCAUUCAUUCAGCCUCCGCCACAGCAGCCCUCGUACGCGCCGGCCACCUUCGUCCACCAGGAUACAGGUUAUGAGACAAUGGACCAGGACGCAUCACCAAUGGAUUCCGGCUCCGCAGAGGAGCGCAUGGUGUCCAUCGACAACGGCAUACACGGCCAAGCACAUAUGAUGGGGCUUCAGCAGGGGCGAUUCGGCAUGUCCAUGGCUGCCACUGUAAUAACCCUCCCGCCAUCCGCCGAGAAGUUUCGCUUCCACGCGACCUUGAAUGCCCCAACGGCGAUGAUCAAGCAUGCGGACGAAAUCCCCGUCACCUACCUUAAUAAAGGGCAACCCUACACGCUUUCUAUUGUUGAUACGAUGGCAACGAUCCCCCAUGCUCCAGGGACUCGGUUCCGGACAUACGUACGAAUCUCCUUUGAAGAUGAGCAGCAGCGACUGAAGCCCGGAGUAUGCUGGACUCUAUGGAAGGAAGGACGUGGCACAAACGAGGCUCACCAGCGAGGCGGGAAAUUGCAGGCAGUCGAGUAUGUCGAGGCCGGCCAACCAGCCGACGGGGACGAUAAAAGGACCCGGGUCGAAUUGGAGACGGCCACCUUCAACGGAUUCUCCGUCAUAUGGACGCCAGGAGCCAACGGCGCAGCCGAGUGCAAUAUCGCGGUCCGCUUCAACUUCCUAUCCACCGAUUUCAGCCAUUCAAAAGGCGUCAAGGGAAUUCCCGUCAGGCUCUGUGCCAAAACUAACCCGCUCCCGUCGGACCCGGCGCAGGUACCGCCCGAAUCAGCAACAGAAAAUUGUUAUUGCAAGGUCAAGCUAUUCCGCGAUCACGGUGCCGAGCGAAAGCUAUCAAAUGAUGUGGCGCAUGUCAAGAAGUCGAUCGACAAGCUGAAGCAACAGAUUGCACAAGCCGAAAGCGGGAUGAAGGAUUUUGGAAAACGCAAGAGAUCUGGCGCACCCCAAGCGAAGGCCCAGGACUCCCAUCGGCCAGGGAAGGUGCAGAAGCACAAGCGGACUUGGUCCAUGUCUUCAGCUAGCUCGGCUGGCUGCGGCGGCAGGCUCCCGCUCGAGGAGGACCUACACUACAAGCUCCAAACGCUGCAGGAUAUGUUCACGAGCACCCGGCCAGUGAGCGUCCUGUAUCUGCGUGGCGAUGAACUCGACGAUCCCGACCUCAACCCAGUUUCGCUACCCGGAGAACCCGCCGAUUUGACCAAGGUCGAGCCGAGAGACCCCGUGCCUUGGCGAAGUGAAUCAAGCUCGGUUGCUGGCUCAUCUCUGGUAUCGCCGUCACCAAGUUCCCUCUCGCUACAUUCACAGAUCUCAGUCGGCGGGGCGAAUGCGCACUGGAAAGACUUCAACGGGGUCGGUUCCGCCGACUCCAGACAUGGCUCAGAUCAGCCGAUCAAGGUCAAGCAGUCUCGUGAUGACUCUGGCAACUUGAUCAACUGGAUCGAGGCAUUAGGGGUCGACCCCUCUUACAAGCCGCCUUCUGAACGAACGAUGAAGCCGGUCGCUUGUUUCUACAUUGCCCAGCGGAAUUCAUCGGGACCAGAAGGCGCGAGCGAGUGCCACCGGGCCGUCUACUUGAUGCAGCGAACGGCCAAGGAGUUCGCAGGGCGGCUUGUGGCAAAAUGGAAUCUUGACCCAGCAAAAGUUGUCCGAACAGUCCGUGUGUUGCCACGCGGUCUCGAGGUCGAGAUGGACGACGACGUAAUUCGAGAGCUCGAGGAAGGCCAGGACAUGAUUCUCGACAUUACAGAAGUCAAUGGCCAAGCGCCCCCAGCCAAGGGAGAGUGGGAGAUGGCCGUUGAUUCACCCGGCGGAGGUGAAACGAAGCAACCUGGCUAUAAACUCCGACUCACGUUCUAGUUUUCCACUUGGAUUUUUCCUUCUCACGAUAUUCGGACGAACGAACACAUGAGGGCAAGAUCUCCCGUUGACAUCAUCUAGACUGGGCAUCUAGACUGGGGGCCAUGGACACUUUCUAUAACUCUGUAUGUCGCAAGGCCGACAAACGGACGCGCGCGCACGAAAAAACACAUUCGGUUGGGAUGUUAUGUUCUUUCGAAACUAUUUGUUCUGAGAUACCAAGGGCCCUCGAUCCGGCCAGUUUUUGUCGCGUUUCUUCCACGUUUUUGUGGACAUAAAUACCAAGUCUUAGAGGGGCGGCUACUUGUGGAAAUAUUUUCUGGUCCAUUUGGG